ACCGUGUCUGUACUUAACACCGGGUACGUCAGUGUGACCUGCUAUAGUAUCGUCACACGAUAUAGAACCUUCAACUACAUAUACAUAGUGUUUGACGUCGUAACAUAAAAUGGUGAAAAGCAAAGUGUGGAUACUUAAAAAGAUGUUUGAGGGCAAUGCGAAAGCAUCCGACUUUGAACUUGAAGAAGAGGAUGUCUCUGAUAAUCUCAAAGAUGGAGAGUUCCUGAUAGAAGCACUUCAUUGGUCAGUUGAUCCGUAUAUGAGGUCAGUUGAUACGGGGUUGCUUGUGCCGAGAAACUGUAUGCCAGGUGAGCAGCUUUCCAAGGUUAUCGCCAGUAAGAACUCUUCCCAUCCCGUAGGUAACGUUGUUCGGGCGUUCGUGGGAUGGCGCAGCCACACACUUAUUACAAAUGUGCAGCUUCAAGGAAUCGGACAGAUGCCGGAAAUGGGUGAUCUCCCUUUGUCAUUGGCUCUAGGGAUCUUGGGAAUGACUGGAAUGACAGCUUACUUUGGUUUACUGGAGAUUUGCCAGCCAAAGGAAAGUGAAACGGUACUGGUCAACGGUGCUGCCGGGGCAACAGGCUAUAUUGUCGGACAAAUCGCCAAAAUAAAGGGAUGCAAGGUGGUUGGGUGUGCCGGAACAGAUGCCAAAUGUAAAUGGCUGAAGGAGUUAGGUUUUGACGAGGUAUUCAACUAUAAGAAGGUGGAUCUAUCCGAGGCGUUGAAAGCGGCUGCCCCGGACGGUUUUGAUUGUUUCUUUGAUAAUAUUGGAGGUGAGUUUACUGCUACAGCACUCAAACACAUGAAGCAGUACGGACGGGUGGCCCUGUGUGGACAUAUAUCCACGUACAGCGACCAGGAACCACCUAAAGGUGAAUAUCCCUUCUACAAUAUGCUAAGCAAACAGCUGAAGAUUCAGGCGUUUAAUGUGAUGCAAUUCAUGUCAAGAUGGGCGGAGGGGGAGAAAGUAAUGGCAGAGUGGAUAAAAGAGGGAAAAAUCAAGUACAGAGAAUCAAUUACUAAGGGAUUCCAAAACAUGCCGAGUGCCUUCAUUGGACUGUUUGAUGGUGCUAACACGGGAAAGGCGAUAGUCUCAGCAUAGUUAAAAUACGACUCAAGAGCGCGGAGCUACUCUUCCCUCAUUCAAACUGAAAUGUCUGCUCAUAUCAUCAGAAUCCAUUGAUAUUUUGUCAGCCUAUAGUUCACCACUACGGUACAACAGAACAGAAGUAACUUGAUCGAUUAUAUAUUAUCAUGUACAGAAUCGUACAUGAUUAAGUGUUUCAUAUGAAAUUUUUUAAAUAAACUGAAAAAAAAAAUGUUAAGAGUUCAAAAAAUAAAACAAAGUACAUGAUAUAUCAUAAAAUAAUCCACGUGUUCAAUCUUACCAAGCUCUGAUAAGAGAUUUUUUUUUGAUUCAAAAUACCUGGCUCUGAUACAGAUGAUACAGAAUGUGGAACCAAAAAUUGCAAAACAAAAGCAGUAUCCACAUUACUAACAAACUUUACAAUAAUUCAUCAAAAAAU